ACUGCAAAAGGAAAACCAUCGAGAAAUGUGCUGGCAGGAAGGAACUUUCUCGGCAACUUUACGGCUCAUGCCAAUGCCCCCAUCUCCUCAUCUCUAUAAAACCAGCUUUUCCAACACCUCAUCAAUUUAUAAACCACCAAACACUCUCCUCUCUUAUUAAACCACCAAACACUCUCCUCUCUUAUUCUGAUAUAAUCUCUAUCUCUUAAGAAAGUAGAAAAUGGCGAGCAGCAGGACUUCCACACCAUUACUUUCAUUACUUCUUUGCCUUGUGCUCCUGUGUGAGGUGGGAAUGCUGAUGGCUCAACUUUCUGUAGCACAAGCCCCAGGCCCCCAGGUUCCAGACGCAUGCCCGAACAAGUGUGCAAAGCGGUGCAGCCUUUCAUGGAAGCCAAAGAUGUGCAAUAAAACAUGCAUAGCCUGCUGCCACAGGUGCCCCGAUCACUGUGUGCCUGAUGGUCCUAGAGCUAGCCGAGAUUCCUGCCAUUGCUACUCACAGAUCAAGACCCAUAAUAAGUUCAAGUGCCCUUAGAUUUUACAUUACAUCCUCUUCUUUUUUUCUCUUCUUUUAUUUUUUCCAGAGUGGGAGAGUUUGGAAACUAAAAUAAAAGGAAUAAUAAAAUGACGUUACUGUUUCUGUGGUGGUUUCAAUUACCAUUUGUAGCCAAUUUAUUGACUCACUCGGUGUUGGAACUUGUAUUUUUUUUUUCUAAUUAUAUUUUGAAUAUUCAAUAUUAAUUACGUACAAGUAUUGAAUUCACAAUACAACAA